CUAAGUCGGGACUCAACAAGUCGGCAGGCUGGCUCCGCUAUUCUGUUCCAAGGAUUACAUGUCCUUCAAACGUCCCUGUCCCUGACUGGUGCUCCACAGAACAUCCUCGUCAGAGUUCACUGUCCUAAGGAAACCCUCCCUGCAGCAUCUCCACCAUGAAGCCCCUCCUUUACUAAUUCAUUUCAUCUAAUGAAGCCUUGAGAUGACUUUGCCCAUAACAUCCUUCUCAUGGCUCCCUGAUGUCUCUCGGUACAACCGAACCAGCUAUUUCUACCCCACGUACUCGGAGAGCUCGGAGCACAGCCACCUGCUGGUGUCUCCUGUAUUGGUGGCCAGUGCAGUCAUAGGGGUGGUCAUCAUCCUCUCCUGCAUCACUAUCAUCGUGGGCAGUAUCCGCAGGGACCGGCAGGCCCGGCUCCAGCGGCACCGCCACCGCCACCGCCGUCACCAUCACCACCACCACCGCCACCGCCGCCGUUACCACCGAGAGUACGAGCAAGGAUACGUGUCUGAUGGGCACACGUACAGUCGCUCGAGCCACCGGAUACGCUUCAGCUGUAGCCCUGUCGAAGACUGGUCCCCUCCCUUGGACCUGAGUUCUGAUGGGGACGUGGAUGCCACAGUGCUUCGAGAUAUGUACCCGGAUUCUCCACCAGGUUAUGAGGAGUGUGUGGGGCCGGGAGCCACUCAGCUGUAUAUCCCCACGGAUGCACCACCGCCCUACUCACUGACCGACUCCUACCCCGUGCUGGAUGGCAUCAUGUAUGGGGGCAUCAUCCACAGCCCCGGCCGAUACCAGCAGGCGCAGAGGAUCCUGGGCCAGGCUGGCCUCCACACCAUCUCCAUGGAUAUCCUGCCCCCUUAUGAGGCUGUGUGUGGGCUUGGCCCCCCAUCAGGUCUGCUGCCGCUGCCGGGCCCAGAACCGGGGCCCAGGAGCUCCCCGGGCUCACCCACCCCGACCCGGGCCCCGGCCUCUGGUCCAGAAAGGAUUCUGUGAGUGACCCAGCCAGCCAGGUCCUGCGGUCCCUCGGGCUGAGCCACAAGGGCGUGCACAUACACAGAUACACACACAGGCUUACAAGGGCAUGCGCACAUGCACAC